AUGCCUGAAUUGACAUUACCAAAUACCCUUCCAAAUCUCUCGAAUGUAGCUGAAUUAUCAUUCAGAGGUACUUCACCAUUAUUUUCUAUUGCUCCUUCAGUCGAACUUCCUGAUAUCAAUUUGGAUGAAGAAGAUGAUGAAGCGUCAUUUGAAACUACAACAACUGCAAUUCCUCCACCACCUCCUUCUGUCACAUCUACUGUCGUUGCUCCACCGCCUCCUCCUCCACCUUCAACAGCUUCAGUCGUUGCACCACCACCACCCCCUCCAACUGCCAUUCCAAAAGACGUCCCUCCAGCAGCUGCAGAGAAGUUAAGUUCAGGAGGGAUGGGUGGUUUGUUGGAACAAAUCCGAGGAGGAAAGAAAUUGAAAAAGGUACAGUUGGAGGAAGGAACAAGUGGAAAUGUAAGUCAACCGGAACCAAAAAAACCAACAACCGGUGGAAAUGAUUUGAUGGAGGCAUUGAUGUUAAAAUUGAAAACUAUGAGAGCGGCUUCGAAUUAUGACGCAAACGAAGAUGAUGAUGAUUCUGCUGAAUGGAAUUAA